CAACUCAAAAUGAGGCUGCACCUUAUACUACUGGCUGGGCUCCUGACGGUGAUUACAGUUCAAUCCCAAGUACUCCUCCCGGGACUUCGUGUUCGACAGAUUCCCGUGCUUGAACAAGGCCAGAUUCGAGUAGUGCAGUACCUGGAUGCGGCAUCAACAGUCACACCUGAGCUGGUAAAGGAUCAAUUCAGCAGGCGAUUCACUACGCUGGCCAAACCCUUAAUUAGUGGUGCUGCUCCCCAAACCAGCCUCCCAAAUUUGUAAUUUAUUAUUAAAGACCAAAAGCCAUCGUGUGAUAGCUUUUGAUAAGCGAA